AAACUGACAUGUGGAUCCCGCUGCUAGGCUUACGUGGAGAUCAAUAAUGAUCAAGGGAGAAGAUCGUUCUUGUUCUGGACUUUUCUGUAAAUUUUAGUGGGACAAACACUAGUUAAAAUAUCCUAUUAUCUCCUUUUUUCUCCAAAUAAAAUAGGUCCAUCCGUCUCUUCCAUCCUCGGCCACCGGCGUUGGCCCUCAGCUCUGGUCGUAUCUCCGGCGUGCUAGCCGCGCUGCCGCCUUCUCCUAGGCGCAUGUGCCCCGCUGUGUGUUGUGCCCCGUCGUGGUCCUUUCCCCGGUGCGGUCGCGAAUUACGACGUUCUGGCCUGACACAGCUGCCGGAGCUCGGGAAGGCGAGGACGAUGAGCCGAGGAACCUCAACGAGUAGUGGUUACACAUGCAUGCUCGGCGGGAGCGCGGAGGGGAUCAUCGACAUGGUUCCACGACGACGGCCGGGGCGGGUUCUCGUUGGGAAUGAGCUAGGGGAUGCGCCGUUCCACGUGAUCGACUCCGGCAGGACUAGGUAGACUCCAGGGACCAUCUGGGACACGGCGGAGGGGUCAAAUCGCUACGCGGCGGAGCUUAGCCGAAGCGGAGGAAGAUUGGGUUGGGGACGAUAGCGCACACCACCUCGGCUCGAUUCCCUUGGCGCUUAGCGGUAGCAGGAAACGGUGGCGACGAUGGGCUCAACGUAUUGGCGACAGAGAGAACCUGCAGGAGCGCACGCCGGCGCUGCUGUUUUCCUGGCCUGAGACGAGACCCACAUACGAGCUAGCUCUAGUUCAACCAGACAAGGGAGGCUCUGGCUGAAAAAAAAAGUAAGAAAAUGAAGGGAUAAAAAGUAAGAAAAGAAUAGGAAAAAUUGUGGACCAAAAAAUGAUAGAAUUACUAAUGUACCAAAGGCGCUUUUUGCAAAAUGUACAUGCCAUGUCAUCCUGACAAUGGGACCCACAUGUCAGUUUCGUGAUUACACUACCGUCAAAUAUGAAUCAGUGCUUUUUUUUGUUACGUAUUACCGCUAGAGUAGUGGUUUUUUAACAUAAAGUGACGGUUUUUGGUUACACGUGCCUGAAAUGUGGUGGUUUUUUGUAAUCUUCUCGAAAGUUUCGUUUAUCCAAUUAGGUUGAAGGAGUCCUACCCAUGGCAACACGGCCUAAGGAUGUGGUUGUUAACUUGUUAUAUAAGUGGCACCAAAUGAAUAGCUAGGAAGGCAGGCAAAACUCACACAAGAAAACUAGAACAGAAACAAAAAGGAUGAGCGAAGAGGAUCUGAGCAAGAUGGCUAAUUGCUUUGGCGAGGUGGUCGACGACGAAAAGCUGAACAAGAUGGACAAGUACAUGGGGAGACCCAAGACGCGGGCAGACCGGGCACAGGAGGCCUGGAAUUCGAUGAGCGAGGACGGUAAGGACACGAACGCGAUUAGGUAUGUGGAGGGUCUCAAGGCCAUCUAUGGUGAUGGGCAGUCCACCUUGUGCCUCGUGUAUAACGCGACCGGUGACACCCUCCGCAAGGAGGACAACCACGAUUGGUAUGGUUACAUCGGCCCCAGCGUUCCCUACCCUGCUGUCAUCGGUAAUGGCCAAUGGGCUGCCUUCCAUCACGUCCACCGGACUGGCGAGCCGUCAGGUUCGGUAGGCGCUGUAGUGUACCGUGGCAGGAACAAAGAAGGAGAGUUCAAAGACUAUCUGGUUGCCUGGAGUACUCCAUGGGGUCCCUGGUACCGAAACAAGGCUUAUUGCGAGAUUGGUGCCGUCGGCGCCUUCAAAAAUCUAUGGGGCGGCCUGUAUAACGUUGUGGCAAAUUCCAAUUAUUCUUCCAACGCCAGGUCCGUUGGGUGCGAGAUGGAAGCAAGCAUUGAAACAGGCGACAGUCCUAAGUUCACUGUAAGAAUCAGCUGCCGCUGAUCAGCCAUCGAUUUCCAUAACUAAUUAAAAUGCGCUCAAGGAUCAUCAGACUAUGGAUCCAUCGAUAUGGUUAAGUAAUUCGGUUUGUUACCAAUUGCAUCCUCGUAUGAAUGUAUCAUCUUGUCCUUUCCUUUUAUUCCAAAUAGUUCCACACCUGUAAUUUCAUGUAUUCUAGUUCUGCCGUGAGUCAUCUGGCCUAGUUUAUGUAUCCCGAAUAAUUAUAUAUGAAACGAGAGGUUAAGUCUGUGUUUCUUCACGAA